AUGGCGGAGUCUCCGAGCCCUGAAGCUCGUGAACUGAGCCUCAUCGGCAAAGUGGAAUUCCGUAUUGCCAUGGCUGAUUCCGAUGAUAAAUUGCAGUCACUCCUUGGGACUUAUCUCCCUCCUUUAUUACUGAAGUUGUCAUCUGAGAGUGUGGCCGUACGAAACAAGGUCAUUUCAGUCUGCCAGCAUGUCAACACGCGGGUCAAGACCCCCACCAUCCAGCUUCCGGUCGCCGCUUUGUUGAAGCAAUUCAAAGAGCAGAAGUCGCAGCUGGUUCGACACUUCGACCUUGUAUAUGCUCAGCAAGGGAUCGACCGCUUAGGGGCUGAUGCUAGAGUUGAGAUCCUAUUGCCUCUUCUACAGGGAAUUUCCGAGAUCGGAACGUCACCUACUCAAGGCGCUAUUGUCUUCAAUCUGGUCCUUCGAUUACUGCCUCUUUUCAAACUGCCUCCCAAAGGUAGCGAAGAAGACCAAAAAUUGAAACAGCGAUUGGGCUUGUCCGAUGAAGACUCUCAGUUCUUGUCAUUUUGGUUGUCGAAACUGCUCCUUCUCUCUCCAGCAGCCGCAGAGGCUCCCACGUGCCCAGGGUUAUCCCCGGACGAGUACACAUUCUUAAAUAAGGGCGCAGCAGCCAAUGAGACAUGGAAUCCUGCAACUGAGUCAGGACUGAAUUUGAUCGAGACGAAAGUGGUGGCGCUUCGAUUUCUUGGAAGUGGUGCAUUUACGGACAUUCAGCGCUUUUUACCUUCAUUAAUUGCUUCUGCUGAUGCGAACUCACGGCUGGCUGACCUCGGUGAUGAGACGUUGAAGCGAUUUGCAACGAAUCUUGAGGACCCCGUAAUAGUCCAGCAGCUGUAUGAUCUGUACUUUGGUGCAAAUGGCGCUCCACCUGCACGCACUCCACUGCAAGCGAGGAUCCUCGUUUUCUUGGGAAAGUCUAUCAAGGCAACAGAAAACACUCAGCGCAUCUACAAACUUAUCGAAGACGGACUUCUAUCUGAUACAGCACGUUCUGCCCAAGGGCUACAAGCGUCCAAAUUACGAACUCAAAUAUUCACAUUCACAACAUGGGUUGUCCGCAUGGGCGCGCCUUCGGAUCUGAAGCGAAUUGCCCCAAAACUCAUCGCAGGGCUACGUGAUUUCAUUCAAUCUCAAUCGUGGCCCAGUCCAGGUGCCAGCGGGCUGAGACUACCCGCUACCGAUCUUAGCUUGCGAGGCCUAGCUUACGAAAGCAUUGGUAUCCUGGUUCCCAAGGUCGAUUUCCAGAUGCGAGGAGAUGAUUCUUCAGAGAACUUCGAGUUUGACCUCGUCAAAUGGCUUUUUACAUCUCUGAGCGCUGACGACUCAAGUCCAGAGAUCUUUGUGAGCAUCGACCAGGCACUGGGAAGCAUCCUCAACUCUUCAUUAGACAGCCACGGCAAAAACUUCCAAGACCAAGUACGGCCAUUCCUGGUCCAACAGAUGAACUUGAACCCGGGCGACACACAUCAAGAUAGUGGCUAUACUGUCGUGCGAGGGGUCCAAUAUGCUGCUGUACGAUUUGCUAAUCGGUUCCUACCAUACAACGAUGUGGUAGCUCGCUGGAUCGAUCUCAUGGCGAUUGCACGGGGCCCGGAACGGCAACAGGAGAUCGUGGAAGAAGGCAAAAAGGGACUCCAUCCAUACUGGUUCCGACUCCUCAAUCCUACCAAAGAUCAGAAAUGGGGCGAUCAGAAACGCGACGAGACAUGGUUCCACUUCCCUGCCUUUGCAGACGCAACUCGCAUUUUACUCCAAGAAGAUACCCAAUUGCUGUCUCAUAAGACUGCCUUCGUCCCCGCUAUUACAUUCCUUCGCAAUACUCUGCUUUCGGAGGCAUUUUCGGCGUCUGGAAUUCACACAGAGCUGGAAGAAGAUUGGGACUAUAAGCUUGAAUUGCAGCUCUCCACCAGUCCCGAGGCACGAACAGCGGUGAGGCAGUACAUCCGAAGUACUGCCAAAGAAUCUGUGCUUCUAUUCCUAUCAAGCAUACUUGACGGCCUUGUUAGUCAGGACCUCGCUGAUCGUCCGCAAUGUGGCACACACUUCGUGGAAAUUGGCUCUUUGGCACCAAACGACGUGCUCGAGAAGCUUCUUCCACGGACCAGGUCUCUAACAGGUCCUUUAUCCAGUAACAACCAAGAUCUGCAAGGCCUAGCAGCUCGCUCGUUGGGUAUUCUCUCCUCUCACCCUGCUUUCCCAGAGAACGAGCUCCGGGAGCUUGUAUCCCAGUUAGCAGGAACCAUUGAGUCCUGGAACACUGCGAUUGGCGAAGCGGCUCUCCGAGUAAGGAGUGCAAUUCUAGGUCUUGCCUAUGUGUUGAGCCGACUGUCAUACCGAGGUCUCCUUGCUAAGAAGAUUCCCGACGCCCAAGUCCAGAAGUUUAUAGAAACCACGUUGGAUAUCAUCGAUGCUUCUCGCGAUACACUUCUUCAACGAACUGCCCAGCUAGCACUUGGGCAAGCGAGUUUGUCAGGCGUAUUGUCUCUACAGACUCUACCAGAAGAUGGCUGGAAAAAGAUCAAGCAGAAGCUCUCGAGCGAAGCCAAAUCCGAAAAUGAUAUACCAAUCAUGUCGCUGGGCCUGGUUACUCUCACAUUCUCACGAGCUACUGCAGGUGGUUUGUUCGGCGAGUUUUUGGAUUCUCUGUACGCCUUGCACGAAAUUAAGAGUCCGGAGGUUCAAUUCACCAUAGGCGAGGCUCUGAGCAACGUUGCGGUCGGAUGGGACUCCUCGGCUUUGAUCCAAGACUUUGAUGUCGAUGCCGAGUUUCCUCAAUCUGAUGUACCGCGCUCGGUGUUUGCUGACAUCUGCGACAAGAUUAUUGGUGACUGUGUGGCGCCCAAACCAUCUCUCCGCAAGUCAUCUGCCAUCUGGCUCCUCUCUCUGGUGAAGAACUGUGGGCACCUGCAGGAAAUGCAGGAACGCUUGCGCAAGUGCCAAGCCACUUUCACUGGCCUUCUAGGAAAUCGCGAUGAGGUUGUCCAGGAGACAGGCGCCCACGGCCUUAGCUUGGUCUACGAGAUCGGCGAUCAGGCUCUCAAGGACGAUCUAGUUCGUGACCUUGUCGACUCCUUUACAGGUACCGGCCCCAGCCUUGGAGGCGGUAAUGUCAAUCCCGAUACCCAGCUUUUCGAGCCAGGCGCCCUUCCGACUGGAGACGGCCAAUCUGUGAAUACAUACAAAGAUAUCAUGAAUUUGGCCGCCGAGGCGGGUGAUCCAACCUUGGUCUACCGCUUCAUGUCGAUGGCCUCGAACAAUGCCCUCUGGACUAACAGGGCUGCUUUUGGUCGCUUUGGAAUCAGUAGCAUUUUUUCAGAUUCUAGUGUGGAUGGCUAUCUAUCACAGAACCCUAAAAUCUACCCGAAGCUCUUUCGGUACCGAUUCGAUCCUAAUCCUAAUGUCCAGCGGUCUAUGAAUACUAUUUGGCAGUCGCUGGUGAGGGAUCCUACGGUAGUCAUCGAUACUCAUUUUGACGCGAUUAUGGAAGAUCUACUCAAGAGUAUGCUCGCUGGACGUGAAUGGCGCAUGCGACAAGCAAGUUGCGCUGCUGUGGCAGACCUCAUUCAAGGCCGCCGUCCUGAAAAAUUUGCGCAAUACUUAGACGAGAUCUAUAGCAAGGCUUUCAAGCUGCUGGACGAUAUCAAGGAGUCCGUGCGGACGGCUGCUCUGAAACUCUGCCAAACGAUCACCAACUCGGUCAUCCGGACGCUGGAAACAAGCGGCACCGAGCAACGGGCGGGUGCAUUAUUGAAGAGUGCAAUUCCGUUCCUUCUUAGCGACAAGGGACUCGACUCCAGUGUGGAGGAGGUCCGUGGAUACGCUAUCGGUGCACUGGUCCAGAUCAUCAAGAAGAGCUCAGGAACGCUGCUACGCCCCUUUGUACCAGUCAUCCUCGAGAAGUUUCUGGCUUCACUCAGCUCUCUUGAGCCUCAGUCUGUCAACUAUGUACAUCUUAACGCCGAAAAAUAUGGGCUCACAGGGCAGGCGAUCGACAAUAUGCGGCUCUCUAGCAUCCGGACAUCUCCUAUGAUGGAAGUCAUCGAACGCUACUUAAUCGAUCACCUCGACGAAAGCAGUCUACAAGAGUUGGCCCCUCGACUGGAAGACGUGCUUCGUUCUGCCGUGGGCCUGCCUUCCAAGGUAGGAAGCAGUCGGGUAUUAGUCUUACUCAGCAUGAAAACACUCCUCUUCCGGCCGUACGCAGACCGGUUCAUCCAGUUGCUGUGCAAGUACGUGGUAGAUCGCAACGAGACGGUCAGUGCUUCCUACUGUACGUCCCUUGGGUAUCUGAUGAGAUUGGCGUCGGACGAGCGGGUCUUGCAAACCAUCGAGUAUGCGAAGAAACUCUACCUGGAUGCGGAAGAUGCGACUCCGCGGGCGAUUGCUGCCGAGAUCCUGUAUGCCUCAUCCAAACUCUCUAAUGACCGAUUCAUGGCAUUCGCCACCGCUGCCCUCCCGUUCGUGUUUGUGUGUAAGCAUGAUGCGGAUGACCAUGUGAAGGAGGAAUUCGAGAAGACCUGGCAGGAUAAUGUGGGUGGCAGCCGUGCGGUGGCUCUCUACAUUCGGGAGAUCGUCAGCCUUGUAUCCGACAACUUGGACUCGGCUCGGUGGGCCAUCAAACAUACGGCCGCGCGCGCCAUCUCCCAAGCGAUCCUUGCACUAGACCAGGAAGUCGAUCUCCCGACGGCGCAAUUGGUGUGGCCUGUCUUGGAAAAGGCGCUAGCGGGGAAGACCUGGGAAGGGAAGGAGGUGGUGCUGACCGCGCUGGUCAAGUUUUCCCGUCAGGGAAAAGCAUUGUGGGCUGAUCAGCCUGAGCAGAGCGAGCUGAUGAAGAAAAUUACCAUCCGCGAAGCAAAGCGAGCAAACGCCGCAUACCGGCCACAUGGGCUCCGCGCACUGGGUGAGAUUGCGCUGGCGCGGCAGGUCGAUUUCAUGCCCCAGGCGCUGGAAAUUGUGCCUGGGGUGGUGGAGGAAUUCGACGACCAGAUGGAGAUAGACUCCGGGAAUGGGCUAGACCCCAGCGACACCCUUGCGGCUGGCGUGCAGUGUCUCCUGCAAUGCCUAAACCCCGCCACGGCCGGUUCGGGCGAAGCGCUGGGAAAAUACCUGCAACAAGUGAUCGGUCCUUUGGACAAGGCCUUGACACAUGGAGGCCGACAGGUCGUCUGCACGGUCUACGAUGAGCUCCAAGCGUUCUUUACUCGGGUGGACCAAUGGGUUGGAACCGGGGAAGCAGCACUGACGGGGCCGAUGAGAGAUCUGGCCGGACUCUUACUUCACGACCGCGACAUGGUUGAGGUUGUCCGCAAGGGUCGCGCAGAGGCUGUUCUGGCUUUCCUCAAACUUCGGCCGGCGGUGCGCGGCGUGCCCGCAAGCCUGGGUGAAACUGUUCGGGGAUGGCGGGCGAGUGAGCGGUCGCAUGCGAUUCAACGCACCUUGGACGAAGCCCUGAGCCAGGUGUCCCAGUUAGGUUAA